AACCAGGGGAUAGCUUUAAAAAAUAAUGUGGUCGCUUUAAAGCUGCCCGGCAGAAUUUGUUCCAGUGAAUGGACGGAUGGGCAGCCGAGUGAUUCAGCUGAAGAGACUGCCCUCUGCCAAAUUUACCACAGACAUAUGGCCCUGCUGCUCAGCUAGAGGAGAGAAGCAGCGACCAUGUUUCUGAAAACAUCCUUCACCUCGCUGAUUGUGGGGGUGUUCGUGGUGUACGUGCUCCACACCUGCUGGGUGAUGUAUGGGAUAGUUUACACCAAACCCUGCGACAGCCCCAGAGGAGACAAGUGCAUCACACCUUUCCUGGCUGCAAACCCGAAACUACAGUUGAGUAUCUACACUUCACUACAGUCAAACGCAGACGGAGGGCACACUUUGAUUCAUAAAGAGGAGAACUUUGAUGUCAACAGCAAAUUUGAGAGGAUCGUCAACGUCUCCCUCCCCAAGAAAACGCGCAACAAUGGGACUUUGUACGCGCUAAUAUUUGUCCACCAGGCUGGUUUCAGUCCGUGGCAGGAUUCACGUCAGGUCCAUUCGGUGGUCCAGCUCACCACCUACAUGGUCCCAAAACCUCCUGAAAUCUCUCUGAUUUCUGGUGAAGAUCAAACCCAGGGUCAGAAACAGGAAGAGCAGAAGAAGAAACAGCGCAAUGGUCAGCCUGCAGCGGGAACCGGCACUAAAGGCGGAGCCACUUCUUCACCAGAUCACCCAGUGUCCCACUGGCGCUCUCGUCUAACACUCAACAUCGUCGGUGACCACUUCCUGUUCGACAGAGAAUACCUCCCAAGUGACGUUCACAGAUACCUCAGAGUAUUCCAGAAUGGGAAAAAGAUGGUGUACCUGCCUCUGCUGUUUGUCGAUGAGCUCAGCAACAGAGUCAAAGACCUCGUGGAGAUCAACAGCUCCUCCACAGAGCUGCCUCUGACCAUCUCCUACGACUCCAUCUCUCUGGGGAGACUCAGGUUCUGGAUCCACAUGCAGGACGCCGUUUUUUCUCUGCAGCAGUUCGGCUUCACAGAGAAGGAUGCUGACGAGAUCAAAGGGAUUUUUGUGGACACCAACCUGUACUUUCUGGCUCUGACGUUCUUCGUGGCUGCUUUCCAUCUCCUCUUUGACUUCCUGGCUUUCAAAAACGACAUCAGCUUCUGGAAGCAGAAGAAAAGCAUGGUGGGGAUGUCCAGUAAAGCAGUGCUGUGGAGAUGUUUCAGCACCAUCGUUAUCUUCCUGUAUUUGUUCGACGAGCAGACGAGCCUCCUCGUGCUCAUACCAGCUGGGAUCGGCUCCAUCAUCGAAGUGUGGAAAGUGAAGAAAGCCUUUAAAAUCCAGGUUUCUUGGAAAGGAGGCAAACCAACAUUCCUGUUUGGAAAAUUAGAUGAAUCAGAAAGAAGAACAGAAGAAUAUGAUACUUUGGCCAUGAAGUAUCUGUCGUACCUCCUGUAUCCUCUGUGUAUCGGAGGAGCAGUUUACGCUCUGGUGUUCCUGCGAUAUAAAAGCUGGUACUCAUGGUUGAUAAACAGCUUGGUGAACGGAGUGUAUGCUUUUGGAUUCCUCUUCAUGCUCCCUCAACUCUUUGUCAACUAUAAGCUGAAGUCUGUGGCUCACCUGCCCUGGAAGGCCUUUAUGUACAAGGCUUUCAACACGUUCAUUGAUGAUGUAUUUGCCUUCAUCAUCACCAUGCCAACGUCUCACAGACUGGCCUGCUUCAGAGACGAUGUGGUGUUCCUCAUUUACCUUUACCAGAGAUGGCUGUACCCAGUGGACAGGAGUCGAGUCAACGAAUACGGCAUUUCGUAUGAUGAAAAGCCUAAAGGGAAGUCUCACAAGGAGUAG